AUGUCUACCGGAACCAUUACUCUGACCAGCUCCGAUGAGGUCGACAUCACCCUCGACCGCGCUGUCGCUGAGCGCUCCGUCCUGAUCAAGAACAUGCUCGAGGAUCUUGGCGACUCCGGCGAAGCCAUCCCCAUCCCCAACGUCAAUGAGGCCGUUCUCCGGAAGGUGAUCGCCUGGUGCGAGCAGCACAAGAACGACCCCGCCAGCGCCAACGACGACGACGACAACCGCCGCAAGACCACCGAUAUCGACGAGUGGGACCAGAAGUUCAUGCAGGUUGACCAGGAGAUGCUCUUUGAGAUUAUUCUCGCUGCCAACUACCUCGACAUCAAGGCCCUCCUCGAUGUCGGCUGCAAGACUGUCGCCAACAUGAUCAAGGGCAAGUCCCCCGAGGAGAUCCGGAAGACCUUCAACAUUCAGAACGACUUCACUCCCGAGGAGGAGGACCAGAUUCGUCGUGAGAACGAGUGGGCUGAGGACCGUUAA